GCGCACGCUAUUUCCGCACCGCAUAAAUUUCGGGUGUUUUAUGCCUUUUUUCCUCUUCCAACCGUCCCAAGUCCUCACUGCUCGCAACAUCUUGAGAGGUCUAUAACAUAUUCAUAGAGAGAUGAAGGUGCUUGUGGUCUUAGCACUGGUGAAUCUGGCGUGUGCCUUCAAGCUGUUCAAAAACAUCAUUGUUGCAGACGAUAACAACUUUGAAGAGGUAAUUGGCACGCGUGGCUCGUACACGCUGGUUAACUUCUACUCCGUGACGUGUGAUCACUGUCAGAAGCUUGCGCCUCUGUAUGAGCCACUUGCCACUCUUUUCAAGGACACGAAUGUUCAGAUAGCACAGGUUGAGGGUCGUGAGAACAAGAGGGUGAGAAGGCAACAACAGAUUAGAGGGUUCCCCACGAUUAGGUUGUACCACUUUGACGGUACCCAUGUUGCGUCCUUCACGGGGGAUCGUACCACGGAGAGACUGGCACAGUUUGUCGAAGACCAUACCGGUGUCAGGGCCAAAUGGCCCGAGGUUAAGACGAUUCAGAUGGAUAACUCCACAGGAGUUGAGUCGAUCAUCGAGGAGAAUCCAAAAGGCAGAUUAAUAGUUGCCUUUGUCGCACCUUGGACACACGGGUUCACGGACCGUUUGAACAUAUAUGAAAGAGUCGCUUCAAAGUUCCCGGAUGUUCAGUUCGUCUCUGUUGACGUGUCCAGCGAACAGAACAGCGACAUCGUAUCGAAGUACAGAGUCGAUUCGUAUCCAACCUUCCUAUACUUUGAUAAAGACGACAGUCCCACCUUCAGGUAUUUCGUCGACCAUGACACCACGGAGGAUCGCAUUGCCAAAUUCCUCAUGGGCCAGCUUGGUGAAGAGUACGACUCAUUGGAAACACUUCAAGACGAUAGAUCCACGUACUUGGAGGAUAAAGAGCCUUCAAGGAAGUAUGGCUUCAAUAGAGGAUUUGUCGAGGAGGACAAUGGCGACGACGACCUUGAAGAUGAGAAGUGGAAAAAGCUAAGAGAGCUGUAAUACGUGUAUAUAAAACGGUAAUAUAAUGUGUCAUCACAAUG